GUGCAGGAAUUCCUAUCCGAUACGUUAGUCUGUCGAUGAUCGUCGCGCGGGUUGGAUGCAAAAAAGCAAUCGGAUGGAAAGUGUUCCAAGUUUUAAGUUUGUCUAGAAACAAUCUAAGGGCGAAACGGUUCUGUUCGGUCGUAAAGAUUGAGUAAUUUAGAUUCGGACCCGAAUUGUCCCAGUGCGCCACACUUAGUUGAACAGCGAAGCAAGGGUGAUUUUAUUGUGCAAAAAUGAAAGCAGAGUAAUUAAUAUGCAGUUUAACAACUUCAAAUUGUGUACGAGAAGAUAAGCACAAAAGGAAUAUGUGAAUAUUGUUCCCGUUGGAAAAUUUGAUGGAAAUAGUGAAUACAAAUUGACUUGUUUAUGUGUUGCAAUUAGGAUAAGUCAAUACAAAGGACAUAAUUGAAAAAUAAAGUUCUUAGCAGUAACGAAACAUCAAUCCUACUAUUGUGUUUUAAAGAUAAGUUCUUUAAUCGACACGCAAUAACACGAUUGAAUUACCAAAAUGACAAACAAAGACUUUCCUCAAUGCAACGGAUCGCAGCCAUCGGUGAAUCUCAAAAAUGGCAUCAACAACGACGCGAUGUCUGUGUCCAGUUACAAGGGCUCCAAAGACAUACUGAACGCAAAGUUCAACAAACCACCGGAAAAAGCUAGCAAUGCAGUUACCAACACCCAACCCGUAUCGUACUUCAAAUUGUUUCGGUUCGCUACUUGGGGAGAAAUAAGUGCCACAAUUCUAGGAGUAAUAUUAGCCUCGUUUGCUUCUCUCGGACUUCCCUACGGUGUUAUCCUGUACGGCGAGUACACCACUCUACUGGUCGACCGAACAAUCGGGAUAGGAAAAUCGACUGACACGGCCAUUCUGUCGAUGUUUGGGGGUGGACACGUGUUGGUUAACGCCAGUGCGGAGGAAAACCGUCUAGCCAUCUUGCAGGAUGCCAAAGCCUUUGGACUGGGAGUCCUAUUUGUAUCGGUGGUACAAUUCCUCGCAGCUGCACUUAGCGUAGACAUGAUCAAUCGAUCCGCAAAUCGACAAAUAAGUAGAAUACGGAAGUUGUUCUUACGGGCAGUUCUACGCCAGGAUAUGACCUGGUACGACCUGAACAGUGAUGAUAAUUUUGCUGUGAGAAUUACAGACGAUCUUGAUAAGUUGAAGGAAGGGAUUGGAGAGAAGCUUUCAAUUUUCACCUAUUUAGUAAUGUCGUUCACUAUAUCUGUGAUAUUUUCGUUCUUCUACGGAUGGAAACUAACACUAGUGAUUUUAAGUUGCGCACCGAUUAUAAUUCUAGCCACCGCAAUAGUUGCUAAGAUGCAAAGCACAUUAACUGAAAAAGAGUUGAAGGCGUAUUCUUCAGCUGGAGCAGUUGCAGAAGAAGUAUUGGGUAGUAUUCGUACUGUAGUCGCUUUUGGAGGGGAACGUAAGGAGCUCGAUAGAUAUCGUAAUCGUUUGAGUUCUGCAGAGAGUAAUGGUCGUAAAAAAGGUCUGUUUUCUGGUAUCGGAGGAGGCAUAAUGUGGUUCAUCAUCUACUGUUGCUACGCGCUUGCAUUCUGGUAUGGAAUAAGCUUGAUUUUGGAAGACCGAGGAAAGGACGUGAAAGAUUACACCCCAGCAGUACUAAUUAUUGUAUUGUUCGGUGUGUUGGCAGGAGCUCAAAAUCUGGGUUUAUCGUCUCCUCAUUUGGAAGCCUUUUCCACUGCGAAAGGUUCGGCCUCAUCGAUUUUCUCAGUCAUCGAUAGGAUACCAACGAUUGAUUCUAUGGGAGACAGCGGUCUAAAGCCUCAUUCUAUUGCUGGAAACAUUACGUUCUCCGGUGUGCACUUCCGAUAUCCAGCUAGAAGUGAUGUUCAAGUUCUACAAGGAUUGAACUUAACUAUUGAAGCGGGAAAAACCGUCGCGUUGGUCGGACCAUCAGGAUGCGGAAAAUCUACAUGUCUUCAAUUAAUUCAGAGGCUGUAUGACCCAUUGAAUGGUAAUGUUACUAUCGAUGGUACGAAGAUCAAUGACUUAAACAUAACUUGGCUUAGAUCUUUUAUUGGAGUUGUCGGCCAAGAACCAGUUCUGUUCGCAACUAGUAUCGCAGAAAACAUUCGCUACGGAAAUCCAGAAGCAACGCAAAGUGAAGUAGAAAACGCUGCCAGAAUCGCAAAUUGUCACAGUUUCAUUACCAAGCUUCCUAACGGCUAUCACACACUCAUCGGGGAGCGUGGUGCUCAACUAUCGGGAGGUCAGAAACAACGAAUUGCCAUAGCUCGAGCGUUAGUUCGCAAUCCAAAGAUCCUCCUACUAGACGAAGCGACUUCCGCUCUAGAUCCGAAUUCUGAACGGCGAGUUCAGGAUGCACUAGAAAAAGCUAGUCGUGGCCGUACUACACUGGUUGUGUCUCAUCGUCUAUCGACUAUAACCGGCGCAGAUAAAAUCGUGUAUAUUGAGAAAGGAGUGGUCGCUGAGCAGGGAACACACGAGGAACUUAUGGCUAAGAGAGGAUUGUAUUACAAUUUGGUUCUUGCCAGUGGAUCUCAGAAAAAGGAAGAAGAUGAAGUGGAAGUUAUCAAAGAGAUAAGCCAAGGAGGACCAAAAAGUGUAUCAGCGGACGAUGAUGCGUAUUCGGAUGAUGAAUCUGAGUCAAACAAAUCGGCCGAAGCCGUCAUGGAUGACAAAGAAGACGUAUAUCCGGUGUCUGUGUUCAGAUUGGUGAAAUUGAAUUCUCCUGAAUGGCCUUAUAUUUUGUUUGGUUGCGGUGCAGCCAUGGUUGUAGGAGCAUCGUUUCCGUUGUUUGCUGUGUUGUUUGGAGAAAUGUAUGGUAUUUUAUCUGUGGCGGAUCCAGAUUAUGUCAAGGAAGAAUCAAAUUUUUACUCGUUGCUGUUUCUCGUACUCGGAUUAGUCACUGGUCUAGGAACCUUUUUCCAAACAUACCUUUUCAAUAUAGCAGGAGUACGAUUGACAUCCCGUCUGCGACAGAAAACCUUUAAGGCAAUCAUAAAUCAGGAAAUGGCAUGGUUUGAUGAGUCCAACAAUGCUGUUGGUGCAUUAUGCGCUCGUCUCUCAGGCGAUUGCGCUAGUGUCCAGGGUGCUACAGGUACUCGUAUCGGAUCCUUACUGCAGGCUGCGUCUACCAUAUGUAUCGGUGUAGGAAUAUCGUUUUACUAUUCAUGGAAUCUAACACUUGUCUCAGUAGUAGCCAUUCCUAUUGUAUUGGGAUCGAUCAUGUUAGAGUCUUGGUACACGGAAUCCAGUGGACUGAAAGAGAAACAAUCUCUAGAAAGUGCUAUUAAACUUGCAGUUGAAGCCAUUUCAAAUAUCCGAACCGUUGCAAGCUUAGGUCAAGAACCUUAUGUUCUGGAGCGAUACUAUAAAGAAAUAGCCAAAGUGGAUGAAGCUUGCAAGAAGAAGAGCAGAUUGAGAGGAGUGGUGUUCGCUUUAGGUCAGAUAAUGCCUUUCAUGGGAUAUGGUCUGGCACUUUUCUAUGGUGGUAAACUUGUGUCUGAAGCAGAACUGGAAUACAAAGAUGUCAUAAAGGUAUCGGAGGCAUUGAUUUUUGGAGCUUGGAUGCUUGGACAAGCCUUGGCGUAUGCUCCGAACGUAAAUUCAGCAAUGCUGUCUGCAGGACGCUUAAUGAAACUACUCGAUCGUACUCCAAAAAUGCACAACCCCUCAAGUUCCUACCUAUCAACUUUUGAGAACCAUGAAGGUAAUAUCAAAUUUACGGACGUUGAAUUCCGGUACCCAACGCGACCAACAAUUCCAAUUCUACAAGGACUAAAUCUUGAUAUCAAGAAAGGAAACACAGUUGCUCUAGUAGGGCCUUCAGGUUGCGGAAAAUCGACUUGCAUUCAGUUGUUGCUGCGUUAUUAUGACCCCGACAAUGGAAAAGUUGACAUUGACGGGAUCACGACAACUGAUUUCCAGCUUGGCCGCAUACGUUCCCAAAUGGGUCUCGUAUCGCAAGAACCUGUUCUGUUUGAUCGCACCAUCGCGGAAAAUAUUGCUUAUGGUGACAACACUCGCGAGAUAAGCAUGCCGGAGAUAAUCGAGGCAUCCAAAAUGGCAAACAUUCACGAAUUCAUCGUCAAUCUACCGAAGGGGUACGACACUAGCUUAGGAACCAAAGGAGCUCAAUUGUCUGGUGGCCAAAAGCAACGUAUUGCUAUAGCUCGUGCUUUGGUUAGAAAUCCACGAAUCCUACUGCUGGACGAAGCAACAUCCGCCUUGGAUAAUCAAAGUGAAAAAAUCGUCCAGAAUGCUUUGGACCAUGCUCGCAAAGGUCGUACUUGCAUUAUCAUUGCCCAUCGAUUAACAACUAUUCAAAAUGCGGAUCUAAUUUGUGUCAUUCAAAGUGGAGUUGUUGUUGAGUGUGGAACUCAUGAUGAACUUAUGGCGCAAAAUAAGAUUUACGCAAAGCUUUACGCCAUGCAACAAGUGGCAUAGAAGUGCACUUAGGCUGCGCGCUCGUUCAGUAUUUAUUGUUACUAUUAAAAUAGAGAAGAUUAAUCUCGAUUAGAAGAUGAAAUCAGAAGACUUAUUGUGCCGUAACGGGUGUAUGUUUUAUGUACAUCCGAUCAUGUAACCAAUAUCAACAAGAGAUGAGAAUAUCUCAGAGCUAGCUUCAAGCACAGAUGUUAUUUUUAUGUUAGAUUAAGAUUAGUUGUGAUAUUUAUGAAACGCCUCUUUAGUACUUAGAUUUUACAAUAUGCGUGUGUAAAAAGCUUUCAGUCUACGACAAAAAAUCAAAACAAUGAAACGAUACCCAUUUUUUAAAAUAAUACACAAAAUGUUUAACGUAUGUUGACCGCUUCUUGACUAACAAAACACACAUCAUCAUAGAGCAUAAAUUACAGAGCAAUAUGUUUACAACAUACAUUUUACCAAACCAUGCCAAGGAACAAAACGUAAGAUACCAGAUAAGAACGCAUAUAUAGUUACUCAAUAU